AUGGCCGAGUCGGAGGUGCACAAGACAAUUGUCCCGCAGAAGAUGGCGCCCGGAAAGAUCGGCCGUCAGGUGCACCUGCUGGCGAACUUCUACAAGAUCACCACCGCCGACGUGGUGGUGGUGCACUACGACGUGGAGAUCACCAAGGCGGAGAAUGAGCGCUUCGCCAAAAAGGCACCACCAGCAGGAGGAAAGCCGAAGACCGAGGCCGAGGCGGCGGCCGCGGCGGAAGAGGCCGAGGAGGCGAACAAGGCCUUUGUCCGCUUCCUCGCCCGUUGCUCGAAUGACAUCAUCAAGGCGCUGGUGGCGGCCAACCAGGCCAUCUUCAGCAAGGACCUGCAGUACGUGUGGGACGGCCAGCGAAACCUCUACACCACGAAGCUGCUCAAGCUGAGCGGCGGCGGCGGCGACGAGCAGGUUUUCAACAACCUCAAGGUGGACAUCCCCGGCGGCCGGCCGGGCUUCUUCAAGCUGAAGGUGAAACGGGUGGACCGCGUCGACCUCUCCGAGGUGACCAGCUUCUACAACAAGAAGACGGGCGACAUCAGCGAGCGGGUGCUCUCCAUCUUUGAGAUGGUCUUCCGCUUCAUGUGCACCGGGCCCUAUGAGUCCUAUCAGCGGAAGUUCUUCGACAUGAGCACCCGGCGACCGCUUGGCUUCAAGGCGCCCCUGGCCGACUUCGUCAACGGCUUCAUCAGCUCCGUGCAAAUGACCGAAUUCGGCCUCGCCCUCAACGUCCACCUGAAGACCGCCGGCCUGAUCACCAAGUCCUUCACCACGCUGCCGGCGAUGGUGGCCAGCCUGGCCGGUGUCCGCGACCUCGCCCACCCUAACCAGCAGAUUGAGGAGUACAAGUGGCGGGAGAUCAACAAGGUGGUCCGCCACCUGAAGGUCUUCACCAGCCACGGCAAGGGCAAGAUCGGCUACACCGUCGACCGGGUGCUGCCCCGCGACACGCCCCAGCGAAUGACCUUCGAGGGGAAGGACGGCCAGCGGGUGACCAUUGCCCAAUACUUCAAGACCGCCUACGGGAUGAACUUGCAGGCGUUGCCGCUGGUGCAGACGAGCGGCAAGAAGCGCUACCUGCCGAUGGAGCUCUGCUACCUGGUGGACAAGCAAUUUCUCUCCCACACCAAGGCCGACAAGGCGGUGCAGAAUGAGCUGCUGCUGAAGAGCACCCACGCACCGAAUGUCUACUUUGACCGCUGCAAGAAGAUCGUCGAGAAGGUGAGCUCGCUGAACCCGGCCCUGCAGAAUGCCUUCGGCCUGAAGACCAUCAGCCCGAAGCCGGUGCAGCUGGUGGGCCGGGUCCUCCCCGCCGCCCCCAUGUCCGGCCGGCAGAACCAGUUCCACAAGGGCGGGACGGUGCCCACCCGCUGGGGCGUGCUGGUCCUCGAUGAGACCGUCCCCGCCGACCAGGUGAGCAUCUUCGUGCAAUCGAUUCAGCGGCAGGCGAACGCCCUGGGGCUGAAGUUCGCCGGGCAGCCGAAUCCGCUGAUGCGCAUGACGGUGAGGACGAAGGAGUCGGUGGGGCACAUCUUUGCCCACCUGCAGCAGAAGACCAAUGCCGAGCUGGUCUUCAUGGGCAUUCCCACCCGAAACGAAGUCCCGCCGCCGGUGAUGUACAACCUGAUCAAGCACCACUGCGACCAGAAGUACGGCAUCAUCAGCUGCUGCUUCAAGUCAGAGUAUAUCACCCAGGUGAACCAGGGCGCAAAGCGCGGCUACCUGGAGAACUUCCUCCUGAAGGUGAACGGAAAGUUGAACGGCCAGAACAUGAUCAUCGACCCGCGGGUGAUUCAGACGCAGCUGCCCUUCUCGAUGGCCAAGACGAUGGUAAUGGGCGUCGACGUGAACCACCCGGGCGCCACGGAGAAGGUGCUCAGUUCGAUUUCGGCGGCCGUCGGCUCCUACGACAAUGCCUUCACCAAGUACGCCGCCUCGAUUCGCGUGCAGAAGAAGGAGCGCGAUGAGAUGGUGAAGCAGCUCGAUUCGAUGACCUCCGAGCUGCUGGAGGAGUACCGGAAGCACAACAACUACUACCCGGAGAACAUCUUCGUCUUCCGCGACGGCGUCUCCGAGGGCCAGUUUGAGCAGGUGAAGGAGAAGGAGAUUCCGCUGAUUCGCGCCGCCAUCAAGAAGGUCAGCAAGAGCUACAAGCUGAGCGUCAUUGUCACGCAGAAACGCCACCACUGUCGAUUCGUGCUGACAAAGGCGGAGCCGGCGGGCAAACACCCCAGCUACAAUGUGCCCGGCGGAACGGUAGUGGACCAGUCGAUUGUGGAGCCCAUCUACGACGUCUUCUACCUCAACUCGCACUUUUCCCCACUGGGCACCUCCAAACCCACCAAGUACAUUCGCCUGCUGGACGAGCUGAAGCUGUCCACAGACGACCUGCAGAAGUUCUGCUUCUACGCCUGCCACAACUGCAUUCGCACCAACAAGGUCAUUGCAAUUCCCGCUCCGGUUCGCUACGCCGACCUGUGCGCCUACCGCUCCAAGCUGCACAUCGAAGGACAACGCGAACUGCAGUCCUUCAAGGAGUCCAGCUCGCAGGAGGCGGAGGAGCAGCGCAUCAUCAGCCAGCUCAAUGACUGGGUGAAGAUUCACGAGCGACAACAGCAGAAGAUGAGCCAGGGAAGCAAGGCGCACGGCAACAAGAAGGCCAUCGAGCAGCUGGUGGCCAUGGUGGAGGCGAUCAACCCCGACGAGGUGGACGAGGAGAUCAAGGGCAGCCUGCACAAACUCCACCACCUGGUUCGAUCGGUCCAGGUCAGUUCGGUUGGCAGUGGACGUAUGUCGGCCCCGCUGGUGAAUCCACCCGGGCUGAAAGAGGCGGCUCCUCCAGCCAAAGUUGAAGCUCCAAAGGAGGAGGAGAAGAAGGCCGAGGCGAAGGAGGCAAAGGAGCCCAUCAACGCGAAGGCGGCCGCCAAGGCGCUCAAGUCGGCGAAGAACCAGUUCGCCAUCAAUCGCCUGCUCUUCAUGCUCCUCGACCUCGAUCCGGCCGCCCUAGGCUCCAAGAUGAUCGAAGAGUUGAAGGCCAUCUACGACCUCCUGGUGGCCAUUCUCUCCAAGCAGAGUGGGCCCAAGAAGAAGGAGGAGGGCGGUAAAAAGGAAGAUGGCGCCAAGAAGGAGGCCAGCAAGAAGAGCGGCAAGAAGUGA